AUGUCCACCUACACCGUUGCCAGCGGAGACUCCAUGUGGGCAAUCGCUGUUGCUCACGGUAUCUCGCUUGACGCUCUGAUUGCCGCAAACUCGCAGGUAUCAGACCCCAGCCAGAUCGAAGUUGGCCAGGUUUUGAAUAUCCCCGGCAGAGAUGCUCCUGCCAAUUCCGCUCCCGCUGCCAAUGUUCCGCCCCAGAAGGAGGGUGGAGGAGCCCCCGCCGCCGCUCCACCGGCCCCUUCAGUACUUCCUUCUCUUCCGCCGCCGGUUGAACUGAACCUUAACAAUGAGGGAUUUAAAACGGUUGGGUAUUUCACCAAUUGGGGUAUAUAUGGACGUAACUAUCAACCUCUGGAUAUCCCCGGGAAUCAUCUCACACAUAUUUUGUAUUCCUUCGCAAACGUCAAACCAGAUUCCGGUGAAGUUUACCUAAGUGACACAUACUCCGAUCUGGAAAAGCACUACCCCGGCGACUCCUGGGACGAAUCAGGGGAGAACGUCUACGGUUGCGUUAAACAGCUUUACCUCCUGAAAAAGCAUUACAGACAUCUAAAAACCCUCCUCUCCAUCGGCGGCUGGACCUACAGCGCAAAUUUCCCCGCGCCCGCCUCCACACCCACGGGCCGACAAACUUUUGCCCGCACCGCCGUCAAACUCCUCGCAGAUCUCGGUUUCGACGGCAUCGAUAUCGACUGGGAAUACCCGCAGGACGACGCACAGGCACACAACUUCGUCCUUCUACUGCAAGAGACCAGACGAGCACUGGAUAGCUACGCAGCCCAGCACGCGCAGGGCAAACGGCUACUACUGACAGUUGCCGUCCCCUGCGGCCCGAGCAAUUACAAGAAGCUACGCAUGGCAGAUAUGGACGUGCAUCUCGACUUCUGGAACAUGAUGUGCUACGACUUUGCAGGCAGCUGGGAUAGCAAAGCGGGCCACAUGGCCAAUGUGUUUCCGUCAAAUAGCGUGCCGGAGUCGACCCCGUUCAAUGCCGAUGAGGCCGUCACCGCUUACAUCGCCGGCGGCGUGCAUCCGAAGAAACUCGUCUUCGGCUUGCCGCUGUAUGGCCGUGCGUUUGAAAAUACUGAUGGCCCCGGGAAGCCGUUCCAAGGGGUCGGGCAGGGAUCGUGGGAGAAUGGAGUGUGGGACUAUAAGGUCCUGCCGCAGCAGGGUAGUGUGGAGAUGAAUGACCACGAGCUAAUUGCUAGCUGGAGUUACGAUAAGACUGCCAGGAAGAUGAUUAGCUAUGAUACACCAACGAUUGCGGCGGCGAAAGUGGAUCACAUUCGCCGAAGGGGGAUGGGGGGUGGGAUGUGGUGGGAGCUUAGCGGUGAUGCUCCAAUAGGGAGCGAACGGAGUCUGAUUGCGAAGACAGUCAAAGGGUUUGGAGGAGUCGGGAAUCUGGAUCACAGUAUGAAUUUAUUGGCGUAUCCGGUUAGUCGAUAUGAGAAUAUGAAGAGAGGGUUUCAGUAG